AUGCCCGGGGUUCUCGCAAACAGUCCGGCAAAUUCAUCCGUCGAGGACUCGGAUGUCUCGACGGUGGGAAAGACAGAGGUAGUCUUCAAUGAACAAACCAAUUAUGUGCCCAAACGCACCAUUAUCACGAUCUUUUUGGCGUGCUCUAGCGUCGAUCUGCUGGCACUGAUGGACCAAACCACCCUGGCCGCCAGUUUGUCUAUCAUUGGGAACGCGUUAGGCGCCAGUGACCAGACCUCAUGGAUUGCCAGCGGGUACUUUGUGACCUCGACCUGCUUCCAGCUUCUCUAUGGCAAGCUGUCGGACAUCUGGUCUAGGAAGCUCGUCCUCUUUGUUGGGCUGGCGAUCUUCUUCUUCGGGUCCCUGGCGGCGUCGCUCGCGCAAACCGUCACGCAGCUGAUCGUCUUCCGGGCAUUCACCGGUGUCGGUGGCGGCGGGCUCAUGACCGUGGCGCAGAUGAUUGUCAGCGACGUGGUCCCUCUGCGUGAGCGAGGCAAGUACCAGGGCAUCCUCGGUGCCGUGGUGGCCAUCGCGAACGGCAUCGGUCCGGUCAUCGGUGGUGCAUUGGCAUCCAUCUCGCACGACUCGUGGCGAUGGAUCUUCCGUCUGAACCUGCCGCUGACCGCGUUAACCACAUUCUGUGUGCUGUUCUUCAUGCCGCUGCGCAAGGUCACGGGCGACUGGAAAGUCAAGCUGAAAGCGGUUGACUUCUUUGGCGCGCUCCUGGCUCUCGGUGGCACGUCUAUCGUGCUGCUGGGGCUGACCUGGGGUGGCGGCGAGUACGAGUGGAACUCGGCGCAUGUUAUUGCGACUCUUGUUGUCGGCUGUGUUGUUUCGGUUGCCUUUGUGAUGUGGCAGUGGAAGGGCGCGUCGACGCCUCUGGUGCCCAUGCACAUCUUCAAAGGCCGGAUCGUCAACGGCGCCUGUUUGACCAUGUUCAUUAAUGGCUGGAACUUCUUGGUCCAGGUGUACUAUAUCCCCACCUUCUAUCAGCUGGUGUUUGAGUACUCGACGGUAAAGGCGGGUGCAAUGCUGCUUCCUAUCACGCUGAUGCAGACCGUCAGCAGCACUGCCUCUGGUUUGAUUGUGCACUGGGUCGGUCGCUACCGAGAAUGUAUUCUCUUCGGCUGGGUCAUCUGGGCCGCUGGACUCGGUCUUUUCUCCACGCUGGAUGGAUCAUCGGGUGUGGGCAAGCAGAUCGGAUACGGUAUUCUCACUGGUGUGGGAGUGGGGAAUACCUUGCAGCCAUCCCUCAUCGCAGUCCAAGCGGGUGUCGACCGACGCGACAUGGCGGUGGUCACCUCAUUCCGAAAUUUCGUCCGCAACUUAGGCGGCACACUGGGUCUGGCCAUUGCAGGGACCAUCAUCAACAACGUCGUCUCCUCGUCUAUCUCGACGCUGAACCUCGACGAGUCCGAAUCGCGCUCUCUGCUCUCCAGCCCGCAGACCUAUCUGUCAGGCUUGUCUGCAGACGACGCCCAGCAUGUGCGCGACGUCCUGAUCCCGGCAUACAAGAAGGGAUUCCGAAUCAUCUUCAUCAUCGGUGCGGCACUUGCAGCGCUCGCUUUUUUCCUGGCGGGCUGGUUGAUGCCGCAGGUGGGCCUCAAGCGGUCUGAUGAUGAAGCGCUCAAGGAGGAAGGGAAGAAAAGAGUCAAUGGGGAGUUGGAUGAAGAGAAGCGGGGGUCUUGA